CUCGGAGCCGGCCCGGUCCGCUCGGCUCUGGCUGCGCGUCCCGGCCCUCUGUGCCUUCCUCCCAGUGCCUCCCCUCCCGGUCCCCGCCCCCCACGGUCCUCCCCGCGCCUCCCGCGCGCUCCCAGGCUCCGUCCGCCGCCUCGCUGAGCCUAGGAGGAGCCGGGCCCGGUAGCCGGACCGGGCCGGCAGGCGUGCGGGCGCUCGUAUCCCGCGGCUAUGAAGUGUCCCUCCGGGUCUCGGAGCCCGAGAUCCCCCGGGGAGGGAGGUGCAAGCGGCCCGGGGCAGCAACCUGGGGGCCCCGGGGCCGGGGUGUAGGGGCCGCCGCCCGAAUGAACCUCGCCGGGGACGAUCGGGACUCACAGCCUCAGGGUUCCUGACUGUGCACAAAAACAGCCACCCCUUCUCACACUCUGGCCAGGCUGGACUCUGCAAACCUGCUUCCGCAAUGGGUAAUGAGGAGCUGUGGGCCCAGCCAGCCUUGGAGAUGCCAAAACGACGGGACAUCCUUGCAAUCGUCCUCAUCGUGCUGCCCUGGACACUGCUCGUCACCGUGUGGCACCAGAGCACCAUCGCACCUCUGCUUACUGCACACAAGGAUGAAGGCAGUGACCCCAGGCGCGCUGCCCCACCAGGCGUGGACUCCAGGGAAUACUGCAUGUCCGACCGUGACAUUGUGGAAGUGGUACGCACCGAGUAUGUGUACACGCGGCCCCCACCCUGGUCCGACACACUGCCCACCAUCCAUGUGGUGACGCCCACCUACAGCCGCCCAGUGCAGAAGGCGGAGCUGACGCGUCUGGCCAACACACUGCUGCAUGUGCCCAACCUGCACUGGCUGGUGGUAGAAGACGCACCCCGCCGCACCCAGCUGACAGCGCGCCUGCUGCGUGACACUGGCCUCAACUACACGCAUCUGCACGUGGAGACACCCCGCAACUACAAGCUGCGUGGCGAUGCCCGCGACCCACGCAUCCCGCGCGGCACCAUGCAGCGCAAUCUGGCGCUGCGCUGGCUGCGCGAGACCUUUCCCCGAAACUCCAGCCAGCCUGGCGUGGUGUACUUCGCUGACGAUGACAACACCUACAGUUUGGAGCUCUUUGAGGAGAUGCGCAGCACCAGGAGGGUGUCCGUGUGGCCGGUCGCCUUCGUCGGCGGCCUUCGUUACGAGGCCCCACGGGUCAACGGGGCAGGGAAGGUGGUCGGCUGGAAGACAGUGUUUGACCCCCACCGACCGUUUGCAAUAGACAUGGCUGGAUUUGCGGUCAACCUGCGGCUCAUUCUACAGCGAAGCCAGGCCUACUUCAAGCUGCGUGGCGUGAAAGGAGGCUAUCAGGAAAGCAGCCUCCUCCGAGAGCUUGUCACCCUUAAUGACCUGGAGCCCAAGGCAGCCAACUGCACCAAGAUCCUAGUGUGGCACACGCGGACAGAGAAGCCAGUGCUGGUGAAUGAGGGGAAGAAAGGCUUCACUGACCCCACUGUGGAGAUCUGAGCCCGGGAUACAGGAGCCUCUUCUCAGACCCGGCUCUUGGCCUUCCAUCCUCUCCCUAUGGCUGAUGGCCCCUCCAAGGCAAACUCCAAAGGAAUGGCCAGCACCCUCUUUUCUAUGCCGGGGCUUCAGAGAGAGCCCAGCCUAAUGCCAGGACAAAGGACGGAGAACUUAAAGCACAGAAAUCCCAGGCAUGCUGUUCUCUCCCAUCCAGCGUGCCCAGGGCCCAGCUGCUAGCCCCGCCCCCAGGCCAGCAUGCUGGUGCCCCAGCACACCUCCCCAGAGCUUCCUGCAUCGACAGGCCUGCAAUAACAGAUGCACGGGGCUCACCCAAGACCCAGAGUUAUGCUAGCCUGGGAGGGAGAUGAAAAGAUUCGGCAGUCAAGUGGAGGGUGCGCCCCCCCAACACUCCAGCUCCCUGCUCCUGGAUCCCUGCGUCUAGCACGGCCUCACAGGGCAGCCAGCCAGAGAAUUCUGAAGACCAGAGAGCAGGCCCUACCUGGGUAUCAGGAGCCUGUCCCCUCCUCGGAGAGCUGCUCCCAAGUACACGUGCCUCUGUGGCUUUCCUCUCGUUCCUGUUCUGUCUUUGAUCCCAACAGGCGACCAGCUCUGUGUGAGGGGAGCCUGGGCCUGCCAACAGGCUCCCUCUGUACCUCAGGCUGUAGUGGGAGAAGAGCCCCUUCCUCCAGCCCAUGCCCCUCAAGCCUGCUCCUUGCAGCACAGAGAAGCAGGUGGGCCCUCGAGCCAGCACAGGCCACGCAAUGACCUGGACUAAGACCACGUGGGCCCCUGUCCCCACACGCAGGGCCCUUGCCUGGGCCAGGACGGGGAGGGCAGGAGCCCUCUUCCUGAAGCCCCCCGAGAACCACAGACCUCAGUGGCCCAAGUGAGCAGGGGUGUAAGAGGCAGAAAGAGGAGGGAGGCCAAAGCAAGUCCAAGAUUCCUGCCCCUGGUGGGGGGACAGGGGGAUUUUGCACUGGCCAAGGGAUUGAUGGAAAAAAAGCAGAGAUCAUCUGGACACUGAGCGGAAAGGAGACCUGAGCACACGCUACUUUGGAGAGCACUCUAUUUUAAACACUAAAUGGGAAAGAGAAUUUCACUUCUCCCUAAGUGGGGAGCAUGCAGAGCGAGCCUGCCUCAGGUCCAGCUGCACCCCUUCCUCCCAAAAGAACAGUGCAUGUGCCAGUCACUCCCUUCCACAGGGAGGAGAGGGUAUCCACUUCCCCAGGCCACCACAGAGGCCCUUGGCUUUCCGACUGGAGACAGGGCCCUCUGGUGGCUGUCUCACUCACGCUCCUGAAAGUUGGAAGCACAAUUUGCCUCCCACAUGGAGGAAAAGGGAAGGCUUGAGCCUACUGAAGGUGUUUAUUUUUAACUGCUAACAGCACCCACUUCAUUUAAACUUACAGGACCAGUCUGAGGACCACUGAGAACCCACUCCUGGGUGGGUGGGGGAUAGGACUUAGUCCAGAAACCUGAACAUUCAAAAAGUAGCAUUGGCUGCCUGUUUUGAGACAGACUGAACUCUCCACAGUAGUCAUGAACCCUUCUGCUGGGAUCAUAUCCCUGACACCUCUGAGCCACCUUGCAGGACACUCCCUAGCCUCUUCCAUUUCCAGUGUUGCUUUGGAAAUCCAGCUCUCAGAAUCAAGCAGUAUUCUGCCCAUGGCAUGGGAGAGAAGGGAGGAGGCAGGCCCGGACAACCACCCUGUGAGUGAAUUCAGGCCCAGGCUCCACAGCCUCCUCACUGAGCCCAGCCCUGAAUGCCCAGGUGAGCUUGGCUGCUCUUAGGCAAACUUCUCAGCCAGAGCAGGGUGACAGCAGAGGGUACCCAGGGCUCAUAUUCAGGAAAUUGAUAAUGAACAAAAUGAGGGAUUUCCUCUAUUAAUUUUGUGGGGGCAGAUGCUAGUUGUUUUUGCCCAAUAUCCCUUUCUACCUGCAUGCAUAUUUAUUUAUAGUUAUAACCCUGGUAGAUGGCAGCUCUCACCUUUGCUGGGAAUGAGCGUGUUAAAAAUCAGAAGUGGGUCAGUGACAGCCACUCGUUUUCCGAGUUCAGUCUGUUCCCUGCGCACCACGUGGAGGAGUGAAGCGGGGGGCUGGGCGUCUCACACAGAGACAGGGGCAGGUGGAGCCAUGUAGCUGCACCAUCUGGUCUGUUUUAAUUUA